CGAAACCAGAAAUGAUCUCCAUAUGAUCUCCAAUUUUUUCGUGCUCUUGGGAGCAGUAAAUGUUAAGUUUAAGGUCAUGGAAGACUUGAGAAACACACCUGAAAAACAUCCAUGUCCUUCAAAGAUGAAGUUAAUUUGUUUGACCCUCCUGAUUAUUAGUGGAAUUACUUACUCAAGAUCAGAACAGUAUGAUGUGGUGGGACCUGUAGAUCCUGUUCUUGCUGUACCUGGUGAAGAUGUGAUUCUGCCCUGUUCAGUCAAACCCAACACCAGUGUUGUGGACAUGAGAGUGGAGUGGUUUAGACAAGAUCUGAAAGACUCAUUAGUGCAUCUCUAUGAGGAUCAUGAAGACAGAAACACAGAUCAGAUUGAGUCCUACAGAGGGAGAACAAAACUGAAUCAUCAAGAACUACAGAGAGGAAAUGCAUCCCUCAAACUCUCAUCACUCCGAAUCUCUGAUGAAGGAAGUUAUAAGUGUUUUAUUCAGUCCAAAUCCUGGUAUGAUGAAGCCACUGUUGAUGUCUAUGUUGAAGUUGUAGGACAUCCUCCAGUGGUCACUGUAGAUGGGUUUGAUAAAUCAGAAAGGCUUCAUCUACAGUGUGAAUCUGAAGGUUGGUAUCCUGAACCUGUUCUUGAGUGGCUGAACAGUGAAGGAGUCAAACUGAGUUCAGAAACUACAGAGACACACAGAAAUGCAGACAGAUUCAGUGUGAAACACACCAUCACUGUACAACACAGUGGCAGCAAGAUUCACUGCAGAGUCAAACUGAGACAUCACGUGCUGGAGACACAGAUUGUGACCUCAAAUAAAAGUUUUAAUCCAUGGAGGACAUCAGUCAUCUUGAGUUCAAUUGCUGUUGCGCUCAUCGUAAUUGCUGGAAUGCUGAUAGCUGCAUUUGUUCAUAAAAACAGAGAACAUGAUGAACUACAGAAUGAGAAAAGGAGAAAUGAACAAGAAUAUGAUGCACUGCAGGGUGAGAACUCGGCAAUACAAGAAGAAUGCAGUCAACUAAAGAAAGGGAUUAUCCAAAUACAAGAAGAAUGCAAAGAACUUUUACAGAAUGAGAACAGGAGUGUAAAACAAGAACUAUGGAUGGAAAUUAGCAAAAUACAGGAAGAACAUAAUAAACUACAGAAAGAGAAGAGGAAUAUACAAAAAGAAUGUGAUCAAUUAAAGAAUGAGAAGUGGGAUUUACAAAAAGAACACAUUAGGAAGAGGAAUGCACAAAAAGAGAUUGACGAAGGAAACAUAUUCUGUUCUUUACAAUGAGGUGCAAGUGAAGAAGUGAACUGGUUGUUAUUAAGGUCAUUAUCAGAUGUUCCACCCUUCAUGAUAAAGAUAAAUACUGGACUGUGGGUCUGAGUAAUUGGGUGUAUUGGGCUUAUGUUUCUCCAUUUAUUUUUCUUAAUAGUGGAGCCUUAGAGGGUCUUUGUGUAUUAUGAGGAGGUCCUAGUCUCCUUUUAUGAUGUUGAGUCCAUGUCUCAUACCUACUCCUACACUGGUCAGACGUUUGAUGAGAAUCUUAUUUGUUUGGGUCUUGCUUAGCUUAAAAUCUCCACUCAUUUUUAAUCUUUUAGAAAUUAUUUUUUUAGGGAAGCCUAAAAAAAAUAACUAAUGGUAUUCUUACUGUAAGUAUUUGAUGUAAGAUCUGUCAUUUCUGUGUUAGUUGUAGCCAGAUUUCUGACUGUUGACAAAUUCCAAUCCACAUUUAGACAGGAAGGUUUUUUUUCUGCCCAUUUAAAAAGAAAGAGACCAUCUGGCUUACAUAUAGAGCAGUUUAUCCUUUUGACAUUUAGGGGUGUGUGAAGCUGAAAUUUAAGAUACUACAAUAAUAGACCAAUCAACAAAGUGGAAACUCAUUCAAAGUGCUUGUGCAGAUAUUGUUACAUGAUGUGUGUGACUGUUCUGUUUUAAUGAAAUUGUCUGAUCUUAUCUAGUCUCUAUUAUACAGCAUCACCUGUUUGUAUAAUACUUUAUCUUCAGACCAUAUUUAAGGAACAUUAUAUACAAGACAACUUUAAUUUUAACACUUACUUUUACAACUCUAGAUGUAAUCCAUCAUGAAUAACAUCUUUAUUUUCAAUUUGUAAUUUCUUUUUUAGUCUCAUUUUAGUGUUUCAUUGUGUUUAAAGUUCACCCUAAAAUGACGUAACUUGUACCUUUCACCCUCAUGUUGUUCCAAAUCCAUGUGACUUUCUUUACUCUAUGGGAAAUAAAAGAUGUUAGGCAGAA